AUGCCAUCAACUCGUAAAAGACGGAACAACGCAGGAUCCGACACCGAGUCAACUCCAAUUGCGCGUCGGCGCAGAAGACAAAGCGAAGAACCCGACUCAUCAUCCGCACCAAACAGCGACGAUGACGGGCCAAGCGCACCGACAAGCACCGAUGCAAUGGUCAAGAAAAUGGUGCGGCUCGCCAUAGCAAGCGAGUACUCGCGGCUCCCGAUCCGGCGCAACGACAUCAGCGCCAAGGUGCUGGGCGAGCAGGGCUCGCGGCAGUUCAAGUUAGUCUUUGACCAGGCGCAGCGGGAAUUGAAGCAGCGCUUUGGUAUGGAGAUGAGCGAGUUACCGGUGCGAGAGAAAGUCACCAUUACCCAGCGACGAGCUGCGCAGAAAACCGAAAAGCCUUCCUCGGCUAAUAAGUCCUGGAUCGUUACUAGCACAUUGCCCCCCGCAUACCGUUCCUCUGAUAUCCUCAUUCCAACUAAAGCACCCUCCCUCUACACUGAAAGUACAUACACGGGCAUAUACAGCUUUAUCAUAGCGGUGAUUAUGCUGAAUGGCGGUUCGCUGGCUGAGCAGAAGCUUGAUCGGUAUCUGGCGCGCACAAAUGCUGAGGUUGCUACGCCGGUCGACCGCACGGAUAAACUGCUGCAGCGACUAUGCAAGGAGGGGUAUAUUAUCAAGACAAGGGAGAUGGAUGGCGGUGAGGAAGUGAUUGAGUAUGUCCUUGGCCCGCGGGGUAAAAUUGAGGUUGGAACUAGUGGUGUGGCGGGUCUUGUGCGAACUGUUUAUGGGAAGGAGAAGGGUGAUCAUGCAGGCUUGACUCCAUUUCAGCGGGAAGAGCUGGAGGACUUUGAGGGCAAGCUUGGGAGGAGUCUUGGAAUUGAGCCGGCGCCCGUACGAGCUAGUGGGGUGAAUGGUGCUACAGACGUGGAUGGGGGUGCUCAAGUUAAUGGGAACGGGGAGGAACGCGAGGCGCCGCAGAGCUCGGGACCUAGACGGUCUACGAGGCGUGGUCCUGCUCAAGAAGAGGAGGAAGACUCCGGUUCUGAGGAGUAUGAGGAAGAGUGA